AUGUCUUCCCAAUCAACUACCAUCGCUGCCCCAAUUGUUCCGCUUCCACUUGUGGUUGCGCGAUUGUAUUCAGUCUACGUCAAAGGAGAGUAUAUGGACUUCCUCUUGAAUGAUGAUCAUCAGAAGUCGGGACUCGUGUUGCUCAUCACCAGUCAAAUGGCACCCGUUCUGCAUAUCUUGGGUCUGGAAGCUCCAUCUCUCAACAUGCCUUCAAGAGACUUGGUUGACUCUGUCAAUGAUCUAAAUACUCUGGUAUCGGAUUUCCACAGAAAUGCGCCAAAUUACUCAUUUGGAGAUUUCAGUCUGGAUUACUGCACGACAGACACUCUGUUGGCAAUUUUGGAAAUUAGUAAAAGAUGCGCUGACGUCGGUUCGUUGAGAGGAGGCGCCACUGGAGCGAAGGUGUUUGGUAAUUUGAGUGUACGACAAAUUGCGGUCACUUGUGGAGAACUGAAUAUUGGAGAGAAGGACAGAUUUAUCGACAUUGGUUGUGGAUAUGGACAACUAAUGUGCACGGUGGCCGCACUCACCCAAGCCGAGAUGUCGACUGGAAUUGAGUAUCAGAAGCACAUCUAUGAUGCUGGUGUUUUACAUCUUCAAUUCUUCAAAAAUCUGAUGAAGUUUUUCGGGAAGCGGCACGGAAACAUCAAAAUUGAGUAUGGAGAUGUAACAGAAGAAAAGAACCACUCAAUGGUCACGUCAUCGACUUUCAUUUUUGCUAAUAAUAUCGCGUUUCGCGAUUUGAACGAUCAAUUGAAGAAAAUCUUUUUGAACUGCCGGAAUUCCACACAGAUUGUCAAUGAAUUGUUCAAGAUUUGCAAAGUCAGAAGUGUGAAAGAGAAGCAGCUGGAAGUGGUCAAGAAGAACACCGACUGGAAAACAAAAAGCACGGUGCUCUAUCUAAUCACUAUCAACAGAAAAGUUUUGGAAAAGGAAAAUGAGCCGGUCGAAAAAAUGGAAUACGAGGAGGCAGCAAGUGGAAACGUUCAAAACAACACAGUACCAAUGGAUGUGGUAUACAGAGGAAAUGAAAAGAAAAAAGAUGACUGCGGAAGAAAAUCGACACGAAUUGCCAGACGCCCCUUUUCUGUCAAAUAUAAAACUCAAAAGGUCCAGAAGUCCAAAAGAAUUCCUCCUCAAAAGCCUAUCAAACUUCGCAAACCCGCGUGCGAAACAAUGGUUCCCUGUCAGAACGAGUGCUGCAUAACAAAAAUGAAAUUUUCGAAAAAAGCAGGCAGGUAUCAGUUCGUUCUCCACGCUUUCAUUCACUCGGAGAACCAGUUUGAUACAUUCUGGGACUGUAAUGUUUGUGGUUUCCGGUGUGGAUCAUUUCAACGGUGCAGAGACCACUAUAAGAAUCAUCACCGAGGCACCCUCCGAACCGGAUAUAACAUCUCGCGCUUGCUGCAGACGUUUCCCAAAUAUAAAGAUCAUUUCGCGGCUUGUUUUGGAGACCACAUCGAAUUAUGA